CACACAUGGAUUUUGAUUUUGAAAUGACCCCACUUGGGAGGCACAGCAGUCACACUUGGCAUGGCCGACGGUCCAGAACGGGCAGGUUUUAACUGAGCCCGACUGUUGCUGAGCGAACUCCGGCCUUGAGUUGCUCUGACCUCGGUUCGAGUUCUCAAGAAAAUGAGACCGCCUCCCAGAAUUCUGGUCUGAUUGCUUUGCGUCCGGUGUGACAUUUUUUUUUUGUUCCAAGACUUCUGAUUAUCCACUUCAGCACGUGCAAUCUACGUGCAGCAGCUUGGUCAUUGCCACCAUGUACACCCCUUACACCGACCCGGCAUACAAUCCAUACCCGCCAUCCGUCCUGCUUGGAACAUCCAUCUUGUUCAUCAUUACGUCAAUCGCGGCUGUGGGCCUAAGAUUCUACUCAAGGUCGUUAAUUAAGACACCGCUUAGCUGGGAUGAUUGGAUCACAAUUCCCUCGAUGCUGAUAUGCAUUGGGCUAUCGGUAAACCAAAUCAUUGCCGUGAAAUUUGGAGGUCUUGGGGGCCACCAGGACCUUGUAAACGGUCAAAUCGCACACACGCCACAGCUCUAUGCCUACGAGAAGACCAAGUAUGCUUAUCAGCUCCUAGGCACCAUCGGGCUGUUCGUCGUGAAGCUGUCCGUACUUUUCUUCUAUCGAAGGAUAUUCUCUGUCAGAGCCUUCAACAUUGUGAACACCGUUUUUAUCUAUCUCACCCUCGCCUGGGGCCUUGCGUUCACUUUCGCGGGUGCUUUUCAGUGCACACCAGUGUCAACCCUCUGGGACAAGUUUGAGAUAGAAUACGGCGAUUCAUGUGUUAAUGUCCAACCCUUCUACCUCGGCUUUGGCGUUUCUGACCUCAUCCUCGAUGUCUUGAUUUUCGCGCUGCCCAUGCCACAUUUGUAUAGUCUACAGAUGCCCAUGAGGCAAAAGCUAGCCAUUGGUGGUAUCUUCUUCCUAGGAAGCAUUGUUGUCGCCAUCGGCAUCACACGCAUCGUCAUCUUCCAACAGGUCAUUUCCUUUACUAAACAGGAGCCGUUCACAUACUUCUACGAUAUCACGUGGUAUACCGCAGGCACGCUGCUCUGGCAUCUAGCGGAAAAUGCCGUGGCGCUGGUGGGCUGCUGCCUGCCGACAUAUAGGCCACUGCUUAAAUCCGCUCUUGCCAGUGUCAAGACUACGGUCGGAGGAGGUUCUAGAUCGGCCGGACUCUCACGCCCGGUGAAGGCCAGCCAUGGGUCCUCACAGUCGCGUCCAUACUAUCAACAGCACAAUGAAGACUGGCCAAUGACAAACUGGCAACAGCAGUCAGAAAGCCACGCCGAGCCCUCGGUUCAAGAUCUGGAAUCAACAGGUGCCAUGCCCGACAGGGGAAUUAUGGUACAUAGAGACAUUCAAACUCGCACCGAAAGGUCGACGGCGUACUAGCUGAGGAGGUUGGUAGAUAUGUUGAUUGCGCAGAGAAAAUGAAGCUGUAAUGAGGUGAAUGCAAUAUUUACUUUAUUUUAUAUUGGUGUAUUAUUAUUGUGGUCGAUAUUUUAUAUAAGCUUUUUACUUCUUUUUUUAUAAAUAAAGUAUUUAAUUUUAA